AUGGAAUUAUUUCAUGAAUUUCAAACAUUCAUUCAUAGUCUUCCAGCAUCAAUGACAACAACUAAUCUUAGUAAUAUUCCUGAAAAAGCCAAAUUUAUUACACCACUUAGUAUAAUUGUUAUACUUCAAAAUUUAUUGAAUUAUCAUGAUGAUAAUGAAAUGUUUCCUAUUCCAUCAUUAAAAUUAUUACUCGAUUUAAUUGGUACAUUUGACAUAUCUGAUUCUAUUACAAAAUCUAAAUUGAUGUUAUUAUUACAUGGUACAAAACUAAAAUUAUCAAGCGAAAGAUUAUGUUCUUGGUUUGUGAAAGUGAAACUAAUGAAGGAAAUGAUAAUCGAUGAUACACAUGAACAUCUUAAUCGAUGGAAAACUCUCGCAUCAUUAACAUUGAAUCACCCAGUUGUGAUUGAAGUUAUAAAGAGUUUAGCAACUGAUGGUACAGGUAUAUGUUUACCAAAUAUUCUUCCAUAUAUUCAAGUGGAAAUAAUUGAUUGUACCUUAGCUGGUUUACGAGGGUUUUGUGGAAUUAAUCAGAUUUAUAUAAAUGCAGCUUAUAUUCGUAGUCAAAUAUCAACAUACUCAACAACAUAUCAUCCUGAUUCACCUAUUGGAAAAUCAGUUGUUGAAAUGGACAUAUGUACAAUAGCAAUUCAUGAAUUUGGUCAUACAAGACUUAGACAGAUUACCAAUAAUCCAAACACAUGUACACCAGAUUUAUUUAGUUCUGUAGCAUGUUCUACUGUAAAUGAAAGACCUGAAUCUGAAAGAUUAUGCGAAAUGGUCUUUUUUUUCGAUCAAAUUGAUUAUUGGCAAUCAGCUGCCGACAAUAAAUGGGAUUUGGAUUAUUUUCAACAGUUCAUUAAAGCAAUUGAAUCAUCAUCAGCUAUACCACCAUUUAAUUCAACAAAUAAUUAUAUAAAACGUUUUCCAUCAACAACAUCUGGUCUUGAUAUAGAUCUAACCGCUGAUGAUUAUUAUGUGUGA